GCACAAGCUUGCCCGCCCUUGUGGCCCGGUUGUUCUUAUUUCCGCCCGCCUGCGCAGCGGGCCUGUCAGUCUGGUCUGUGGGUGCGUGUCCGGCCAGCGUCCGCGACGGGAGGGGCGAGGGAGGGCACCUCGCCGCCGCGGCGCGUCGCGCGCUCAGUCUGUCAGCGAUUUGAUUCGGAUUCACGCGAGCGCGCCCAUUAAUGUCGUGCCCGCAUUCUGCGCGCCCCUGAAUAUCGGGGAGGUGUUGCGCGCGUAUCUUCGGUGGUCCAUCCCCAUGUUGAAUGAGCACGCCUUUCGCAUACAUUGA